CUUUUAGGGUAUGAUCUCUUCCGGGUCGAAAAAAAAUAGCACACACCGAUGAAUUGGAGUUAGCUGGCCCAAAUCUUUAAAAUAUAGAAAGCGAAUAUUGAACCAAGAAGUUCUGAAGAACAGAAAUCCAUUUCAAAUCUAUUUGUAACCAUAUGACACAGCGAUGCCGGGGCUCAGCUGUAGAUUCUACCAGCACCGGUUUCCAGAGGUGGAAGAUGUGGUGAUGGUGAACGUGAGGUCCAUCGCUGAGAUGGGUGCCUACGUCAGCCUUUUGGAGUACAACAACAUCGAGGGCAUGAUCCUCCUCAGUGAGCUGUCACGUCGACGUAUCCGCUCCAUCAACAAGCUUAUUCGCAUAGGCCGCAAUGAGUGUGUGGUGGUCAUCCGUGUAGACAAAGAGAAGGGAUACAUUGACCUGUCAAAAAGAAGAGUUUCACCAGAGGAGGCCAUCAAAUGUGAAGACAAAUUCACCAAAUCUAAAACCGUGUACAGCAUUCUCCGGCACGUGGCCGAGGUGCUGGAAUACAGCAAGGACGAGCAGCUGGAGAGCCUCUUCCAGCGCACCGCCUGGGUCUUUGAUGAGAAGUACAAGCGGCCCGGAUACGGUGCCUACGAUGUCUUCAAACAGGCGGUGGCAGACCCUGCCAUCCUGGAUGGGCUGGACCUGACAGAAGAGGAGAGGAACGUACUCAUUGACAACAUCAACAGGCGACUCACUCCACAGGCGGUCAAAAUCAGAGCCGACAUUGAGGUGGCGUGCUAUGGCUACGAGGGGAUCGACGCGGUGAAGGAAGCACUCCGGGCGGGGCUUGGCUGCUCUACAGAAGUCAUGCCUAUCAAGAUCAACCUGAUCGCACCUCCACGCUACGUGAUGACCACAACCACCCUGGAGCGCACAGAAGGCCUGUCUGUCCUUAACCAGGCCAUGGCUGCCAUCAAGGAGAAAAUUGAGGAGAAGAGGGGUGUGUUCAACAUCCAGAUGGAGCCUAAGGUGGUGACGGACACGGAUGAGACGGAGCUGGCACGACAGCUGGAGAGGUUAGAGCGGGAAAACGCUGAGGUGGACGGAGACGAUGACGCUGAGGAGAUGGAGGCCAAGGCGGAGGACUAGGACCUCCCCACCGGACCUCCACGAUGAGAGGGGUGAAGAGGAAAACCCAAGGCGGACGGACCUGGCCAUACUCGGGCAGUACAUUCAACAGUGGCUCUCAACACUUCCCAGAAGUUAAUACAUUCUUUUGGCCCGGAAAAAAAAUGAAACAAAAUGUGUUUGAACAUGGUGUUGGGCUCGAUAGUGGUGAUACGCUAUUGAUAUCUUCUGGCCCUGCUCUUUCAGAGUCCAUGUCCGAUUAGUUAUUUUUGAAGUAAAAUUAUACAACUGAGGUAUUGACCGUACCCCUCGUCCCCCUCUGUAAAAGAUUCAAUAAUUCCAAAGCCGUUUUCAAAAAGUGGCCUUCACUAAUCUCUGGCUCACCAGACCAGCGUGUUCAGCAUCCAUGACGUUUCAUCUCUAGCUGGCUGCACAAUGCAGCCAACAAUGGUAAAACUGAAAAAAGGCUAAUUUUUCCUCAACACCAGUCAUGGGUGCAUUUUUGUGCUGUUUUCCUUCCAGUUUAAGGGUUUUUACCGGCAGGAUAUUGAUGGUUUAGCUGACAUGAUCUCAAUAAAGUUACGGGAAGUUUUGAUUCAAAGCGUGUCCUUGUCAGUGAGUUGUUGCACUAUUUUAGCAAACUGGUAAUCUCGGUUCUAAAUCAAAUCAAAUGUACCAACGUUAUUGGAUAAUUGAACCUCUUUAGAGGAAUUAUUGUAGGAAAAAUGUCACAACAUUACGGAUCUGCUCCUUUUUAGACCGGUUGGCAUGAAGGACCAAAGGGUUUAUCGGUUCAAACAGCUUUUAAAGACUGAGCCUGUUUGUCCGAGAAGGGUCCAGCUGCAGGCUUGGGCGUUUCCGUCAUGACACAAGAACGCCCAUUAGGCGUUCCUGGUAGCUUUUCAUCAACCAAUCACGAGGUGUUUCGAAAGGCGUACUGGGUUUCGCAAGGCAUACUUCGAAGCACAGUCGCAAAGCAUACUAUGCUUACCUUCCUUAAUGGCAAUUUUACCUCUCGUUAGAUUUAGCAAUCAUGGAGACCCCACUUGGUUGACGUUAGUUCUAUGCUACCCGUACUUGAAACUGCUGUUUGAGAAAAUCUAACUAGCGAAUGUUCCGGAAGUUGACAGCCGUGCGAAGAAGGGGUUCGGUGUUGACGGUGAAAGUUAGGCCGGUUUAUAGCAGAGUUUCGGUUGUCGGUUAUUACCGGUCCUUCACCGGAAAAAAAUGAGGGCCGACAAUUCUAAAUGUCCCCGGUCAGAAAGACCAGUGGCGACUGGUCAUUAGGGGCAAGUCGCUACUCUCACAAGAAAAAAAGAAAAGAAAAUGAAAAAAAACAUAUCUAAAAAAUAGAAUAUAUAUAUAUAUAUAUAUA